AUAUUCCACCCCCUUCUCCCUCUCUAUAUAUAUAUAACUUCCAACUCCAAAGAGUGCCUACCAAAACACAACGCACCAAAGCCAAAGCCACAAAAGGAGAGAAAUACUUAUAUUAUACACCUUCAAGGCUUCAACCAAAUCCAUCACCAUCACCAUCUUCAUCUCACAUAUUCCUCCCUCCUCCUUAGUCAUGGACAACAUUGGCGAAGAGUACAAGCAUUACUGGGAGACCAACAUGUUCCUCCAAACCCAAGAGCUCGACAGUUGGGGGUUGGAUGAGGCCUUAUCGGGGUACUACGAUUCGAGUUCCCCUGAUGGUGCUGCUUCCUCGGCUGCAUCUAAGAACAUUGUUUCCGAGAGGAAUCGGAGGAAGAAGCUCAAUGAAAGGCUUUUUGCUCUUAGAUCGGUGGUGCCAAACAUUAGCAAGAUGGAUAAGGCUUCGAUUAUUAAGGAUGCUAUUGAGUACAUCCAGCACUUGCACGAGCAGGAAAAGAUUAUCCAAGCUGAGAUAAUGGAGCUUGAAUCGGGUAUGCCAAAGAAGAGUAGUCCAAGCUAUGACUUUGAGCUGGAGCAGCUCCCUGUGGUGCUCAGGUCCAAGAAGAAGAGAACAGAGAACCUAUAUGAUUCCAUCACCUCAAGAAACUCCCCAAUUGAACUCCUUAAUCUGCAGGUUACAUACAUGGGGGAGAAGACAGUUGUGGUGAGUUUGACAUGCAGCAAAAGGACAGACACAAUGGUGAAACUGUGCGAGGUGUUCGAAUCCUUGAGGCUCAAGAUCAUCACAGCAAACAUCACCUCGUUUUCGGGGGGGCUUUUGAAGACAGUCUUCAUUGAGGCAAAUGAAGAAGAGAAAGAUCAUUUGAAGAUAAAGAUCAAGACAGCCAUUGAAGCUCUUAAUGACCCUCAAAGCCCAAUGAGCAUUUGAGCAAGAAAAUCAAAAUAUAUAAAUUGGGGUCACUAGUAUAUAAAUACAAGGUUUAGGAACUGUGGCUUUCGGAGGAGUUUUUCUUCAUUAUGUGCUAUAUUUGGUUCUGUUCGAUUGCCCUCAAUCUUCAACUUUGUUACCUGUGAAACUUUGUUGUUAGUGCAUCAAAAAUGUUUUUCCUAUAAUAAAACUGCAUUUUACAUCA